AUGGAGGUAAAUUUGGAUUAUGAGGAGGAAACCGCUUGGCAAUUCCUUCUACGCAAAAAUGCGGAUGGAUUGUUUCUGAAAAGUUGCGUGCCGGAAUUGGAUUCGAUUUUGUGUAUGGCGAGCGGAAAAAUUUAUGAAAUUGAUGGCGAAAUUGGGUCGGGAAAGACGCAGAUAUGCUACUCGAUCGUUGCCAAAUUGUUGAAUUCCAAAAAAGAUGCAAUGGUUGGCUGGUUGUCGCCGACAGCGUUGAGAACUGACGACCUUCAGAAGCAUUUGAACGCUGAGGUGCCGUUGGCGUUUGGAAUUCCUGGAAUUUUUGUCGAUUUUCAGCUCCACCUCGACUCGCUAUUCUGCGCAAUUUGCGAAGACGUCGAUGAGCUCAAGAAGUGCGUUGAUUCGAUUGUCGCCAUGCGAGAUUCGCGAAAAGUGCGAUUGGUUGUCGUUGAGAAUAUUGACACGAUUCUGCACGACACGGUUUACAUUGACUAUCAACGAGGGUACCAAUAUCAGGAGCGAGUCAUCGAGAAAUUCAAUUUGCUUGCGAAGAAUGGAAUUACGGUGAUUGUCACGAAUCACAUCACGCGAUGGCGCGGUUAUCCAGCGCCGGCGCUUGGACGCUUUUGGAGCUCGAAAAUCGCCAAUCGUUUUUUUGUUGAGAAAACCGACGAGACGCGCGUGAUCUCGAAACGCAUCGAUGGUGGAGAUGAGCAAGUGAUAUCGGCGAAGUUUCGAAUCACGUCGAACGGAUUGGAAUUUUCACGUUUGACCGACACGAUCGACCGACAGGCUGUUGCUGCCUGUCGCUCGCCUGCCCGCUGCGGCUCGUCACCGCCACCAUCUGUGUUCAAACGGCUGAGAGAAAAUAUGCGAUAG